AUGUACUUUGAGGCAAUUUCAAAGAACAUCCACAGGCUUGGUUUAUUCACGGUGUGGACGAGUUUAGAAGCGCGCCUGUCAUUAGGGCUCUUAACGCGUUACCUGUUACAACCAAAACGCGAAGAACGUGACCUUUGUUCAUCGGAUCCGAUAAGCGUUGAAACAGGACGAAAUGAACAUCGAUCGCUUAAGAAUGAUAAUUGA